AUGGCCGCUCACAUGGGGUGAAGUUGUCCUCGCAAUAUUUAAAAGUUCUCACCCGAAAAGCAGUUGAAUUACAGCAUCAAUGACCAUGGCAGCCGUCCACAGACACACAUGGCACACAGGGAAGAAUCUGUUUAGUAUUCUGACAGAGCUACCCAACUUCGGGGUCGGCAGAAUCGUUACAAGGCGACGUUGGGUUCAGAUGUAUCCUAAGGAAGAACCGAGUUACUACAAAAUAACACGAGUCAAGAUUGACUGCACAAGACCGGAUCUGGACCAGGGUGAGGUCUGGGGAGAGUGUACUUACAGGGGAUACAGCCGAGAGGGAGUGUCUGUGUCGAUCGGAGCAUGGUGGAAAAGAGAAUGGGAACUAAUCCGGAAGACAGAUGAGGAAGAAUUCAUAAAAUUCACCCCAAAAGCAGAACACUUCCACGCCGCUCCGAACUACGUCCGCUUGCCCCCACUCCUAGAGGCCAUGGCAAAGAAACAACUUGACGACAAGGGGGUCAAAGUCGACGAGAACGACCCGCCGUUGUUAAAACUCCAAGUCAAUAAGGGAUACAGGUAUAACUUUUAUCAGAUCGAAGGGGAGAAAAGUGUCGGCGAAUACUGAACAUGAACUGACUGUUAGACGAUGAACUGAGCAUGAGAAUCUUGAAGUUUCUGUCCUAAUUUAGAGCUUUUUGUGUCUGAGUGGGGGAAAAAUUGUGCUUAUUUUCUUCAGUAACAAUACAGAAAUUACGCUCUAUGAUCUACACGAUCUACUGUUGUAGUCCUGAGGAUACUGUUCCAAAAAGCUCCUUUGAAUUUAUAACUCUAGGGGUAGUCCAAAGGUGGACAUGAAAUCAUCUCAAGUCACUUCUAAAAUCUACAGCUUCGUGUAGGACCUUUGUGUCAGUAAUGUCUCUCAAAACAUUGAUGUGGACAAAAACUGUUGUUUCAGAGGAUGAUGAAUACACCUAUUAGUUUUUAAUGAAGAGAUUAACA